AUGAGUACUGAACAAGUUGAAAUAUCUUUACCUAAUUCAGUAGAUAAAUAUCCAAAUCCAUUAGCUAAUUUUACGAAAGGUAUAGGUUAUCCAAAAUGGGAACCAAUUGAUACUAAAAAACAAGUUUCACAAAUAUUAAGAUUUGGUUUUUAUACAACUGUUGGUUCAUAUGCUUGGAUAUAUCUUUGGAAAAGAUCAACUUUUAAGAUAGGAGUACCAAUAGCUGCUGUUUCAUUUUUUGCUAUAGCAAAAGGUUUACAAUCAUCUUUGGCAAAUUUGAGAGAAAAGAACGAUUCAUGGAAUGUAUUUUGGGCUUUAGGUGCUGCAAAUACUAUAGUUUUAACAGCUGGUUUUAAAAAUUUACCUCCAAAACAUAAAUUAUUAUCAGGUAUAUUUGGUACUUGUUUAGUUACACUAAUUGAUAGAGCUUGGUGGGCUUCAGCAACUUCUUCAAUUUCAAAAAAUGCAAAUUAUGAAUUAGGUCAAAUUAAUAAAGAAUUGCCAAAACAAGGUUUUUGGGAUGUUUGGUCAAGAAGACCAAUAACUCAAACUGUUGAAGAAUUAGGUAUUGGUAGAGGUAUUGUUAAAAAUGAAUGGGAAGAAUCUAAAUAA